ACGUUAUCAUUGGGAAAACAAUAGAUCACGAUGAGAGAAAUUGAGUGGGCACCAUUGAAUGUGCCCCUGAGGCGGCGGCUCGAAACGCUCUGCGCCUUUGGAUGGAUGAGCCUCUUUCUGUUCGGAGAACUGUGGAUGUUGAUCUACUAUUUCUAUUUGCUGAUAUUCGGAGGACUUCUGGCAAAGACAUUCUGCGUCAUCUAUGGAGUGUUCAUCUACGUCGAUCGGAAAGCCGGGGUCAACGGAGGACGAGGACAGGGAGUCAAAUGGUUCCGCAACCUGUACUGUUGGAAGCUGUUCCAGACGUACUUCCCCGCCAAACUGCACAAAACGGUGGAUCUCCCGGCUGAUCGAAACUACAUCUUUGCCGCCUUUCCGCACGGAGUAUUGAGCACCGGAACGUUCCUGAACUUUGCCACCGACACGACCGGUUUCUACAAGCUGUACCCGGGUAUCCGAUCCCGGCCAUGCACGCUCAACUUCCAUUUUGUCAUUCCGUUCUUCCGGGAGAUCCUUCUCAGCUGGGGUCUCGCUUCGUGUGCCUCAAAAAGCGUCAUGUCCAUGCUGGCGGCUCCGAACGAUCCAAACCAUCCGAAGAACCGCGAUGGAUUCACUGCUAACGCCGUGGUUCUGGUGGUCGGUGGAGCUGCCGAGUCGCUGCAUUGCCGACCGAACAGCUACCGGUUGAUUCUGAAGAACAGAAAGGGAUUCUGUAAGAUUGCCAUCAAGGCCGGUGCUUCGGUCGUGCCGGUCAUGCACUUUGGCGAGGUGGACCUAUUCGAUCAGCCACCGAAUCCACCGGGCUCGAAGCUACGCAACUUCCAAGAGUGGGUAAAGAACACUACCGGUAUCGCCCCUGCGGCAUUCCGAGGCCAUGGAUUCUUCCAGUACACGUACGGGGUGAUCCCAAGGCCGCGGCCUCUCAAUACAGUCAUUGGAGCACCACUGCACACGACCAAGAACGAAAAUCCAAGCCAGGCCGAAGUGGACGAUUUGCACGAGAAAUUCUGCAAGUCGUUGGUGGAUUUGUUUGAGAAGAACAAGUCGAAAUUCGUCGUGGACUACAAAAAUGUCCAUGUGGAGCUAGAGUGACGGCAGGAGGGGGAGACUUAGAUUAGAAUAACCAAUUGAACAAGAAAAAUAUUCCAAAGUUAGAGUGUUCUGCUAGUCGCAACCGAUUGUGUUGCAAAGGAAACGGUGCCAUGGGAAACAAAUUAGAAAGAUGUUUACCAUGUCUUUUAAAUUAUAUCUAUUUUACCUUCAA